AUGAAGUUUCUGCUCGUGUCUCUGCUGGGGUUUAAUCUGGUCGUGGUCAUGGGGCACUGGUGUGAACGUGUGGUGGAGGAGAAGGUGGAGAGGUUGGUGUCCCCCCGUGUUCAGCGUGAGGUGGAAUGUUCUGCCGUCUAUCAGUUCAACACUCAGGGCUGGAGGCUGGAUGUGGAGCGAAUGAGGCACGAACACGCAGGAGACGACGGCAUCGCACUUUAUUACAAGAGACAGGGACCUAAAGCUUCCUGUUACAUAUUCAAACCUCCAGACAUUGAGACAGAGACAGUGAACCGGACGGUCAGACAGUGUUGUGAAGGCUGGGCCGGACCUGGCUGCUCACAGGGGGUUGGUGCCCGGGGACAGUGUUUCUCCACCUGGACGUGUGAGGAGUUUCCCGGGCUUCAUAACACGUCUCUGAUGGCUCUGGAGCAGUGCUGCAGUAACCUGUGGGGCUUAAGCUGGAGAAACGCAUCCGAUCAGACCUGUCUGUCCUGCACCUACAUGCUCCUGCCAGACGUCAGCUCUUCUCCUGUGGUUCGUGGAGGGCUGUUUCGCGGUGUUCGUGGUCUGCAGGCGUCUGGCACCUGUAUGAGCUGGGGCGGGACACACUACCGCACCUUUGACCGGAAACACUUCCACUUCCAGGGCAGCUGCACGUACCUGCUGGCCUCAUCCACUGACGGGACGUGGGCCGUGUAUAUGAGCACAGAGUGUGAUCCUGCGGGACACUGCCGGAAGGGACUGCGGUUGAUGUUGGGUCUUGGCUUGGUGUCCAUAUAUAAAACCAAUAUGACUGUUAAUGGUUUAACACUACCGCAGGGGGAACCUCUCUUCCAAAACGGAGUCAGCGUUCACUGGCUGGGUGACUUUGUGUUUGUGGAGAGUGGUUUGGGUGUCAGACUGAAGUUUGACAUGGAGAACACGGUGUAUCUGACCGUUACGGCUGAACACAUCACUGCCACCAGGGGACUUUGCGGCGAUUAUAACAACAACCCAGAUGAUGACUUCACUACCAGCAGUGGAAGUGUGUCUCCGUAUGCUGCCAGCUUUGGAAACUCAUGGCGUGUUCAAGAUCAGCAAGGCCAGGUGUGUAGUGAUGCAGCAGAGCUGGGUCACAGCUGUGAUCUGUCCAGUGACAUCUCUCUCCGGCGGGACGCAGAAACAGCCUGUCACCGUCUCAAAGAGAGUCCGUUCUCACACUGCCAUCACCAGGUGGAUCCCGGUCCAUAUAUCGACACGUGUCUGUAUCUGUACUGCAGUGUGGAUGUGAAGGACAGAGAUACGGCAGUGUGCGACACAUUAGCCAGCUACGUGCGCGAGUGUGCUCAACAACAUGUCAUCAUCCGCUGGAGGAGCGCCGGCUUCUGUGAGCGUGCUUGUCCGAGCGGUCAGGUGUUCUCUGACUGUGUGUCGUCCUGUCCCCCCACCUGCUCGUCUCCUCGUCCUCCGGCGUCGGGUCAGUGUCGGGACGAGUGUGUGGGGGGGUGCGAGUGUCCCCCGGGACUCUACCUACACGCAGGUCAGUGUCUGCGGCGGGACGACUGUCCCUGCUUCCACAGACGCCACAGCUACAGCGCAGGAGAUGCCAUCAGACAGCGCUGCAACACCUGUGUGUGUCACUCCGGUCAGUGGGAAUGUUCUGGAGAGAAGUGUGAAGCUCAGUGCGCUGUGAUCGGAGCGAUGCACAUCACCACCUUCGAUCAGAAGAGAUACGGCCUGCAGGCCGGCGACUGCCGCUUCACAGCUGUAGAGGAUUUUGUGGAUAAAAAGCUCUCUGUCAGCAUCAGCGGAGGACCGUGUGCAGGAGGAGCAGCUGGAUGUCUGAGAGAAAUGACGGUCACUGCGUUUCAUACGACAGUCACUGUCACAGAUACAGGUUCGGUGAUGGUGAACGGUCAGCGGGAGCUGCUGCCGGUGAUCACAGGAGAUCUGAUGGUCAGAAAGGCUUCAUCCAGUGUUCUGCUGAUCCAGGCGUUUGGAGCUCAGAUGAUGUGGCAUCUGGACGGGCCUCUGCUCCUCAUCACCCUACAGCCGGGAUUCGCUCAUAAGGUUCGUGGUUUAUGUGGCACUCUGACCUGGAGUCAGCGUGAUGAUUUCACCACACCUGAAGGUGACGUGGAGACCAGCGUGGCCUCUUUUGCUGCCAAGUUCAGAACAGGAUCAUGCCCUCUGCCCUCAGCGAUGACCUCUGACCCCUGCGGGACACACACACAGCGCAGACGGUACGCAGAGAGCGUGUGCUCUGUGAUUCACAGCGCGGUGUUUCAGGCGUGUCAUGAUGUGGUGGACAGAGAGCCGUACAUGCGUCUGUGUCUCAGUGAAGUGUGCAGCUGCGGCCCGCAGAACUCCUGCCAGUGCACCGUCCUCACUGCCUUCGCCCGGCACUGUGCCCAAGAGGGGGCGCCGCUCAGCUGGAGAAACCGCACAUUCUGCUCGGUGCAGUGCUCUGGAGGGCAGGUGUAUCAGGAGUGCGGGCGUCUGUGCGGGACGUCCUGUGCUGAUCUGUGGGACGGCUGGAGCUGUGAGGAGCAGGAGGGCAGCAGGGUCUGUGUGCCGGGGUGUCAGUGUCCGGAUGGACUGGCUCAGGACGAUCAGGGUCAGUGUGUGCCGGUGGACGUGUGUCCCUGCAGACAUGCAGACGCGCUCCAUCCCGCCGGGAGCACCGUACAGAAGAACUGCAACCGCUGUGUUUGUGUGCGUGGCUUGUGGAACUGCACGGAUCUCUCAUGUCCUGAGGUCAAUCAGUGUCCGGGCUCUCUGAUCUUCUCUCCUCGAUCGUGUCUGAGGACCUGCUCCAGUCCGAACUCUCCUCUGGAUGCGUGUGCUGAACCCGUCCACGGCUGCGUCUGUCCUGAGGGAACCGUGCUGCUGGGUGAUCAGUGUGUAAAGCCAGACGAGUGUCCGUGUCACCACAACGGCAGACUUUAUUUCACCAAUCACACCAUUUCUAAAGACUGCAACACUUGUGUGUGUCGUGAGCAGCGCUGGCACUGCGGUCAGUCGUUGUGUUCUGGCACCUGCGUGGCCACCGGUGACCCUCACUACAUCACGUUUGACGGCCGAUAUUACUCUUUCCUGGGCGACUGUGAGUAUGUUCUGGCGCAGGAGAGCAGUGGUUUGUUCAGCGUCAGCGCCGAGAACGUGCCCUGCGGCAGCACAGGAGUGACCUGCACCAAAUCUGUCACGCUGACCGUGGGAAACACGGCCAUACACCUGCUGAGAGGUAAAGCUGUGAUGGUCAACGGGGUUCCAGUGACUCUUCCAAAGUUGUAUUCGGGCAGUGGUUUGAUUCUGGAGCAGAUCGGGUUAUUUGUGUCCCUCUCGUCUCGACUCGGAGUCACUCUGCUCUGGGAUGGAGGAAUGCGUGUUUAUGUCCGGCUGAUGCCUCACUUGCGUGGCCAAGUCGGAGGAUUGUGCGGAAAUUUUGAUGGAGAUGCAGAAAAUGACUUCACCACAAGACAAGGCAUCAUGGAGUCCACUCCAGAACUGUUUGGAAACUCCUGGAAGAUCAGCCCGUCAUGCCCUGACGUCUCAGACCAGGAUCUCCGUGACCCCUGUGUUAUCAACCCUCACCGGGUGACGUGGGCCAAAAAGAAGUGUGCGGUGAUCAGUCAGGAGAUCUUCAGCUCGUGUCACUCAGAAGUGUCGUCUCAGCAGUACUACGACUGGUGUGUCUUUGACGCCUGCGGGUGUGACUCAGGCGGCGACUGUGAGUGUUUGUGUACGGCUGUAGCAGUGUAUGCAGAAGAGUGUAACCGCAGAGGAGCGUAUGUGCGCUGGAGGUCACAGGAACUCUGCCCGCUGCAGUGUGAGAACGGUUUGGUUUAUGAGGCCUGCGGUCCUGCCUGUUCUCCAGCGUGUCCCGGCACUCCUUCUGUGUCUGAUCCCCUCUGCAGCACCCUCUCCUGUGUGGAGGGAUGUUUCUGUCCUCACGGCACUGUGAGACACGGUGACGUCUGUAUCCCUCCGUCUCAGUGUCCGUGUGAGUGGGACGGAUCUUUAUUUCCCGCAGGAGCGACUGUCACUCAGCACUGUCAGAACUGCUCUUGUUCUGAUGGUUUGUGGCGUUGUGCUGGAUCUCCAUGUCCUCCUCCGUCUCUCUGUGAGGACUCAGAGUUCCUGUGCUCCGGCGGCUCUCAGCGCUGUAUUCCCGCAGUCUGGCUCUGUGAUCAUGAGGACGACUGCGGCGACGGUUCGGAUGAAGUCUGUCCCUCCACCUGUCCUCCAGAUCAGUUCCGCUGCUCCGGUGGGGCCUGCUUACCGCUGGAGCUCAGGUGUAACGGCCAUCCCGACUGCGCCGACCAAUCAGACGAGGACUUCUGUGCCCCGACCUCACCAGAGCCCGGCUGUCCGGCCGGAGAGUUCAGGUGUGUGAACGGACGCUGUCUGCCGGCUCAUAAAGUCUGUGACGGGAGACUGGAUUGUGGAUUUGCUGAUGAUUCUGAUGAACAUGACUGUGGCGUGUUGUGCAGACAGGAUGAGUUCCGCUGUUCGUCGGGUCGUUGUGUGUUGUUCCUCCACCGCUGUGACGGUCACGAUGACUGCGGGGACUACAGCGAUGAGCGAGGGUGUGUGUGUGCCAUCGGAGAGCUGCAGUGUCCUGGAGAUCAGUGUGUGUCUGCAGAGAGAGUGUGUGACGGUCACAGGGACUGUCCAUCCGGCAUCGAUGAGCUCAUCUGUCCUGUCAAAGGAUGCAGUCAGUUUGAGUUCAGCUGCACUAGCGGUCAGUGUGUGCCGUUAGUGUGGCGCUGUGACGGCGAGACAGACUGUCUGGAUGGGAGCGAUGAGAAACGCUGUUCCCGCACAUGUCAGUCUGACCAGUUUCUGUGCCAGACCGGAGACCAGUGCAUCCAACACCAGCAGCUGUGUGACGGGACGCCCCACUGCAGAGAUGCCUCAGACGAGAGCGUGGACAACUGCGAUAAAGUCAGUCCCACCACAGCGCCACCUAGUGAGGGAAACGCCAGUCGCGUUUGUCUGGAGUUCACCUGUGCUGAUGGCUCCUGUGUGCCCUUCAACGCGUUGUGUAACGGUGCAGCAGACUGUCCCGCAGACGCCUCAGAUGAGACGGGCUGUGGUGUCUGGGGUCCCUGGAGCUCCUGGAGCCCCUGCAGCCGAAGCUGUGGAUCAGGAACCAUGAGCCGACAGAGACGCUGCAGCCUGGAGGACUCAGACGGACACUGCAGAGGAGAGAAAACACAGCGACAGCAGUGCUACUCCACCGCCUGCCCCGUCGAUGGCUACUGGCUGCCGUGGGUCACGUGGUCGAACUGCAGUAAAGGUUGUGGCGCUGUUGAAGUCCGUCAGAGAGAGUGUUUCCCACCACAGAACGGAGGCAGAACCUGUGCAGAACUACCUGGAGAAACUAACCUGACUACUGACAUCAAGCCAUGUCCUCAGGACGGCUGCGCUAACGUCUCUUGUCCCGUGGGCCUCGUCAGACAUAGCUGUGCGCCGUGCCCUUUGACCUGCGCUCACAUAUCCGGGGCAACAACAUGUGACCACAACUCCAGGUGUUUCACAGGCUGCUGGUGUCCUGAUGGGACGGUCAUGAAUCACGAGCAGCAGUGUGUUCGGCCGGAGGAGUGUGUGUGUGAGGUGUCUGGGGUUCGAUACUGGCCCGGUCAGCAGGUCAAAGUGGGUUGUGACAUCUGUGUGUGUGAGCGAGGACGAGCCCAGCGCUGUCACACCAACCCAGAGUGCUCAGUUCACUGUGGCUGGUCGUCCUGGUCUCAGUGGGGCGAGUGUUUGGGUCCGUGUGGAGUUCAGAGUGUCCAGUGGUCUUUCCGCAGCCCGAAUAACCCCUUAAAACACGGAAACGGCCGACAAUGCCGAGGAAUUUACCGGAAAGCACGACGCUGUCAGACAGAGCCGUGCAGUGAGUGUGAAUAUCAUGGACACACACAUGCGGUGGGAGAGCGCUGGAAAGGCGGUCAAUGUCAGAUGUGCCAGUGUUGGCCUAACCUCACGGUGCAGUGCAUCCCGUACUGUCCUUACACUGCCACUGGAUGCCCACAGGUGUGUGUGUGUGUGUGUGUGUGUGUGUGUGUGAAUAAAGUCAGUCCCACCACAGCGCCACCUAGUGAGGGAAACGCCAGUCGCGUUUGUCUGGAGUUCACCUGUGCUGAUGGCUCCUGUGUGCCCUUCAACGCGUUGUGUAACGGUGCAGCAGACUGUCCCGCAGACGCCUCAGAUGAGACGGGCUGUGGUGUCUGGGGUCCCUGGAGCUCCUGGAGCCCCUGCAGCCGAAGCUGUGGAUCAGGAACCAUGAGCCGACAGAGACGCUGCAGCCUGGAGGACUCAGACGGACACUGCAGAGGAGAGAAAACACAGCGACAGCAGUGCUACUCCACCGCCUGCCCCGUCGAUGGCUACUGGCUGCCGUGGGUCACGUGGUCGAACUGCAGUAAAGGUUGUGGCGCUGUUGAAGUCCGUCAGAGAGAGUGUUUCCCACCACAGAACGGAGGCAGAACCUGUGCAGAACUACCUGGAGAAACUAACCUGACUACUGACAUCAAGCCAUGUCCUCAGGACGGCUGCGCUAACGUCUCUUGUCCCGUGGGCCUCGUCAGACAUAGCUGUGCGCCGUGCCCUUUGACCUGCGCUCACAUAUCCGGGGCAACAACAUGUGACCACAACUCCAGGUGUUUCACAGGCUGCUGGUGUCCUGAUGGGACGGUCAUGAAUCACGAGCAGCAGUGUGUUCGGCCGGAGGAGUGUGUGUGUGAGGUGUCUGGGGUUCGAUACUGGCCCGGUCAGCAGGUCAAAGUGGGUUGUGACAUCUGUGUGUGUGAGCGAGGACGAGCCCAGCGCUGUCACACCAACCCAGAGUGCUCAGUUCACUGUGGCUGGUCGUCCUGGUCUCAGUGGGGCGAGUGUUUGGGUCCGUGUGGAGUUCAGAGUGUCCAGUGGUCUUUCCGCAGCCCGAAUAACCCCUUAAAACACGGAAACGGCCGACAAUGCCGAGGAAUUUACCGGAAAGCACGACGCUGUCAGACAGAGCCGUGCAGUGAGUGUGAAUAUCAUGGACACACACAUGCGGUGGGAGAGCGCUGGAAAGGCGGUCAGUGUCAGAUGUGCCAGUGUUGGCCUAACCUCACGGUGCAGUGCAUCCCGUACUGUCCUUACACUGCCACUGGAUGCCCACAGGGUCGUAUUCUGAUUCCAGGGGAAGGAGACAAGUGUUGCUAUUGUGAAGAAAAAGGUAAUGGCAGCACUAUUAUGACGACUACACCAAUGAUCCUGCCAAUAACACUCGGACCCUCCACCCCACCAGAGGGCCCUCCGACCGUCCCGACGUACCCUCUGCCACCUGCAGAUGAGUGUUGGUCCGCUCUGGGCGUUCUCUCGCUCCCUGCCAGCAGCUUCAGCGCCUCGUCCCAUCAACCCGGUCACCCUCCGUCAGCGGGACGUCUGCACGCUCGGGACCCCCACAGCGACCUGCAGGGCUGGAGCCCGGAGCCAGAGGAGUACAGAGAGCUCCCGGCCGGGACCCCUGAGGAGCACAGACACUCGUCACGCGGGCCGUACCUCCAGAUAGACCUGCUCAGACACUACAACAUCACAGGCGUGUUGACGCAGGGUGGCGGCGUGUUUGACACGUUUGUUUCCAGCUUCUAUCUGCAAUUCAGCAGCGACGGACAUCAGUGGUUCACUUAUAAAGAACUGAUCACAGACGCCAGACCCAAAGCUAAGGUGUUUCAGGGAAACCGUGAUGACCGUGGCGUAGCUUUGGCCCGUCUGGACCGGAUGGUGUCGGCUCGCUUUGUACGAAUUCUGCCUCAUGAUUUUCAGAAUGGAAUCUAUCUGAGAGUCGAAGUCAUGGGCUGUGCUGAUGGAACUCGUCCCGCUCCUACCAGAAGGCCGGCGGUCUGCCCGUCGGGUCAGUUCUCCUGUCCUCCUCCAGGAGGCUGCAUUGAGGCGCAGCGCCGCUGUGAUGGAGUCCCUCACUGUCCUGAUGGAGCGGAUGAGAGAGACUGCACACACACAAAUAUUACCCACGUCACCCCCACCGCCGCCCCUCUCCGGACGCCCAGCAAGAAACCCGUGACCACUCAGAGUGCCGACCACCACUAUGAGUUGGUCACACCCAGGAGUGAAGUGACCACAGCGCCACCUGGUGUACCAGGAUUACAGACCCACACCGGCCCAACGGGACAUCCUGGUCACUAUAACUCCACCACUGGACGUCCCGGACUUCACACCACCAGUCCACAGGACGGCAGCCCAGGAGUGGCUCCACCGACCCACAUCACCACAGCGCCACCUGCGGUCGGUCCGACGGGAGAACCGGGCGUUCAUGUUCUGACGCCUACACCCUUCUUCAACACGACAGGAUUCUGGGAUACAUCUACACCCCCUGAUGAUGGCUUACCCAGAGUUGUGUGCGUGGAAGGACAGUUCGCCUGCAGGACGUUCGGUUGUGUGGAAGCUGCUCUUGUGUGUGACGGCCGUGAGGACUGUCCCGACGGAUCCGAUGAAGAUCGCUGUGGUACAAAAUCUCGGCCCUCAGGGUCCGUCACACCCUCUCAGCGCCCCCUGCUGCCCAAACUCUGCUCCUCCAAACAGUUCAGCUGCUGGAGCGGCGAGUGUGUGAGUUUGGAGAAGAGAUGUGACCUGCGCAGAGACUGUGCUGACGGCUCGGACGAGAGCGACUGCUUCGACUGUAUUCUGUCUCCCUGGACGUCCUGGAGUCAGUGCAGCGUGUCGUGUGGUCUGGGGUCACUUUUCCGCCAGAGGAACAUCCUGAGAGACGCCCGGUCGGGCGGAUCCUGCGGCGGCGCUCAGUUCGACAGCCGCGCAUGUUUCCUGCAGGCCUGUCCUGUGGACGGUCAGUGGUCAGAGUGGACGCAGUGGUCCGGUUGUGACGUCCCGUGUGGUGGAGGACUGAUGGUGAGGAACAGGACCUGCUCGAACCCUCCGCACAAAAACGGUGGGAGAGACUGUGAGGGGAUGAGCAGACAAACACACACGUGUAACACGCAGACCUGCGGCCCGAACACAGACACACAGAGCGGCUGCACUGGAGGGAUGAUCCUGGUGGAGGAGUCGGAUUGUUUGGCUGGAAAAAUCGAGCCGUGUCCCGUGACCUGCUCUGACCUUCAUUCUGAGAGGAACUGCUCCUUAAACUGCACUACAGGAUGUCGUUGUCCUCAUGGGCUCUUCCUGCAAGAGGGCCGUUGUGUCAGUGCCAGUCAAUGUGAGUGUUUAUGGGAAGGUUCGGUCAUCCGGCCUGGUCAGGACGUCAGUAACGGCAGCUGCAGCACAUGUGUGUGUAAAGAAGGUCGUGUCACCUGUGAUGAAUCCAGCUGUGUCGCUCGCUGUGAUUGGUCGGCCUGGUCUUCAUGGACGUCAUGUGACAGCAGCUGUGGGACAGGAAUAGAGCACCGUUACAGAUCUCCUCUGAGUCCAGUGGGAGUGGUGAAUGUGGAGCCGUGUGAAGGAGACUCUACUGAAGCCCGUCGGUGCUACUCGUCCUGCUCGGAGGGUCCUGAGGGAGUGUCGUGGAGCGAGUGGACGCUGUGGUCCGAGUGCAGUAAGACGUGUUUUCAUCAUGUGGACGCCGUGGGACUGAGGCGGCGCUUCAGGAGCUGUAAUCACACACUCACCGGCGCCUCCUGUGGAGGAGAGGCAGAAGAACACGAGCCGUGCAACACCAUCCACUGCCCCGUGAACGGAGGCUGGUCGUCCUGGUCGAGCUGGUCUGUGUGUUCGUCUGAGUGUGACUCUGGUGUUCAGACGAGAGAGCGCUUCUGUAGUUCUCCUCCGCCGCUGUACGAAGGCCUCGGCUGUCCCGGGCCGCACAUACAGACACGAGACUGCAACGUCCAGCCCUGCUCUGGUGUGUGUCCAGACGGCAUGAGCUUCCUGUCUAAGGCUCAGUGCGAGGCUCAGGGCGGCGCGUGUCCUCGAGUGUGUCUGGAUGCCACGGCGGAUGUGGAGUGUGCCACCGAGUGUUAUGAUGGCUGUUACUGCUCUCCUGGUUUCUAUCUGUUCAAUAACACCUGUGUGCCUCUCUACCGCUGCCCGUGUUACCAUAAGGGGGCGCUGUACAUGCAGGGAGACAGCGUGCCCGACGACAGCUAUUAUUUCUGCAAUAACACCUGUGUGCCUCUCUACCGCUGCCCGUGUUACCAUAAGGGGGCGCUGUACAUGCAGGGAGACAGCGUGCCCGACGACAGCUGUAACAACUGCACGUGUGUUAAUGGAGAGAUGCAGUGUGGAACAGCACCCUGCCCUGUGGAUUGUGGGUGGAGUGAGUGGACGGCCUGGAGCGCAUGCAGUCGCACAUGUGACGUGGGCAUCAGACGCCGCUAUCGUUCAGGAACCGAUCCAGCGCCGGCGUUUGGUGGCCGUGCGUGUGAGGGCGAGCGCAUCGGACUGGACACAUGCAGCAUUACACCUUGUUUCGGAGUGAAGGGCCCGUGGAGCCCGUGGUCCGAGUGUUCGGUUCCCUGCGGUGGAGGAUACAGGAGCAGAACCAGAGGUCCGGUCAGGACUCACGGGACGCCUCAGCAGUUCAGCGCCUGUAACCUGCAGCCCUGCGGGAAUGGAAGCGCUUGUACAGAAGGUCAGGAGUGGGUCGCAUGUGUGAGAGAGGAGCUGCUGUGCUCAGAUUUGGGGACGGAGGUCCAGAGAAACACCAGCUGUCUGCCUGGGUGCCAGUGUCCCGAUGGGUCGGCCCUACAGGAUGGCGAGUGUGUGUCUCUGUUGCUCUGUCGCUGUCAUGUUGAUGGAGAGCAGCACAAACCCGGAGCCACAGUCACCAAAAACUGCAACAACUGUGCACUGCACGAUUUGAGAGUUUUGGAAAAACAUUGGAAUGGAAGCGCUUGUACAGAAGGUCAGGAGUGGGUCGCAUGUGUGAGAGAGGAGCUGCUGUGCUCAGAUUUGGGGACGGAGGUCCAGAGAAACACCAGCUGUCUGCCUGGGUGCCAGUGUCCUGAUGGGUCGGCCCUACAGGAUGGCGAGUGUGUGUCUCUGUCGCUCUGUCGCUGCCAUGUUGAUGGAGAGCAGCACAAACCCGGAGCCACAGUCACCAAAAACUGCAACAACUGCACAUGUGAAUCAGGAAAGCUGGUGGACUGUACAAGUGUGGAGUGUGACGUGGAUGGCGGCUGGUCGUCCUGGACUCCGUGGAGUGUGUGUUCUGUGACGUGUGGCGCUGGUCUGCAGUCGCACUAUCGCUUCUGUUCGGAUCCGGAGCGAGCUGGGAACGGACUGCCCUGUGUGGGACCAGACCGAGAGGACAGAGUGUGCUCUUCAACACCCUGCAGCCGAGACGGAGGCUGGAGUGACUGGUCGUCCUGGACAGACUGCAGUAAGUCGUGUGGUGGAGGAGUGAAGAGCCGCAGACGGGACUGUGAUCGGCCCGUCAGAGGAGGAGACGGAGACUAUUGUGAAGGACUGGGAACGGAAGUCAUCCUGUGUAACACACACCACUGUCCAGUGUCAUCAUGUUCACACGUGCCAGGAAGUGUGUUCAGCGCCUGCGGACCCUCGUGUCCACGAUCAUGUGACGACCUCACUUGUGUGGAGCGGGACACAUGUCCCUGUCUGAACCUGCACACAGGACAACGGGUCCAUCCCGGAGAGACCGUCCCGACUCCAGAUGCCUGCAACAACUGCACCUGUGAGAGAGGGAGACUCGUCUGCAGUGAACAGCCGUGUCCAGUGGAUGGAGGCUGGUGUCAGUGGUCCGAAUGGACGCCCUGCUCAAAGACCUGUGGGAUGGAGUGGGUGUCCCGCUACAGGAGCUGCGCUUGUCCUGAACCCAGAUCAGGAGGAGCGGCAUGUUCAGACCAGCAGGAGGAACACGCCGGACUGGGAGUCCAGAUCCAGAGACAGCCGUGCCCAUCCGUCUCCUUCUGCCCCGUCCACGGCUCAUGGGGCUCCUGGAGCUCGUGGUCGGACUGUGACGGGUGUGCCGGUGUGUCUGUCAGACAGAGGCAGUGUAACAGUCCUCCAGCGCGGUUCGGCGGUCUGUCCUGCCUCGGAGAGAGUCGACAGAGCCGCGGCUGUCAUGAUAACAUCACCGUCUGCUCAGACUGUGGAGGAGGACAGGAGCAGUGGCGCUGCGGGAAGCCCUGUCCGCGCUCCUGCUCCGAUCUGCACGGAGACACGGAGUGUGUGGAUUCACCAGGAUGCAGCUCGACCUGCGGGUGUCCAGGAGACAUGCUGCUGCAGGACGGCCUGUGUGUGGACCGAGAGCUGUGCCGCUGUAAAUAUCACAACAUCAGCGCAGGAAUAGACACAGGCAAUGUUUCCUGGUCAAGGCCGGAAGCAUCAGACUGGCAUCAUGUGGCUCCAGGAGAGACCAUCAGCACUGACUGUCAGAACUGCACUUGUGAAGCAGGUGUCCUUCAGUGUGACUCAGUUCCUGGUUGCCAUGUCGACGGCAGCUGGGGCCAAUGGGCUCCCUGGUUGGAAUGCUCCGCCCGCUGUGGAGGAGGGUCUCAGAGCCGUAGCCGAUCUUGCCGGACACCACCCUGUUCGGGCAUGAGACGCCAGAGCAAGACCUGUAACACACAAGUGUGUCUGGAGGUGGGCUGUCCCCCCGGCCGUCUCUAUCGGGAGUGUGAGCGCGGUGAAGGCUGUCCGUUCAGCUGUUCUCAGGUCAGCGGUCACGAGGGCUGUUAUUCUGAGGGCUGUGAGGAGGGCUGCCACUGUCCGCUCAACACCUACCAGCACAACGGAUCCUGCGUUUAUGAAUGUCCAUGUCUAGUGGACACUGACUUCCUGACCUCUUUACAAAGUGUGUCGGCGACCCCUGACCUGACCCCUGACCUCCAGAACAUCACACUGGGGUCCGAACUGAUGUCUGGAGAGGAGCUGAUGCAUGAAUGCAGUUCCUGCUCAUGUGAACAUGGACUGUGGAACUGCUCUCUGGUUCCGUGUCCCCGCGACGGAGGUCUGUCUCCUUGGGGCCCCUGGGGCCCCUGUUCACUCAGCUGUGGGGGUCUCGGUCAGAAGACUCGCAGCAGAAGCUGUAACCAGCCCAGUCCUGCUCACGGGGGCCGAGACUGUGACGGGCCCCUGCUGGACACAGCCUACUGCCAGACACCCGACUGCCCACUGGUAACAGUUCCAACAGAGGAACCAUCUUUACCAGACGAGGAUGCUGGUUUCUCCCAGUGGACAGCGUGGACUCCGUGCUCCAGAACCUGCAGUGAUCCGGUUUCUCCUGCUCUGAAGGUCCGUAUGAGGGAGUGUGUUCAUGAACGCUGCUCUGGAGAAACCCGACAGGAUCGAGUCUGUAACCUGCCUCAGUGUCCCGAUGGUGGUGUGUGUCCGGGCCGUGAAUGCGCUCACAGGAACUGCUCCUGGAUGCUGUGGGGCGAGUGGAGCUCCUGCUCUCGCUCCUGCGGCGUGGGACAGCAGCAGCGCGUCCGCACCUUCCUCGCCCCGGGCGUCAAUGGAACCUGGUGCCAGGACAUCCUGGGCGGUAACGUGGAAAACCGCUUCUGUAAUAUUCGGGCCUGCCGCGUGGACGGAGGCUGGUCUCGCUGGAGCUCUUGGUCCCGCUGUGAUAAAGCCUGCGGCGGUGGACGCUCCAUCAGGACCCGCUCCUGCUCCAGCCCUCCACCCAAAAACGGAGGCCGCAAAUGCACAGGAGAGAAGAACCAGGUCAAACCCUGCAACACCAAACCCUGCGUGGACGGUGGAUGGACCCCGUGGUCUGUGUGGUCAGACUGUCCUGUGACGUGUGGGAAGGGUAAACAGAUCCGCACCCGCGCCUGUAUCAACCCUCCACCGCGAAACAACGGCACCGACUGCACUGGACCUGAGAGAGACACCCAGAACUGUCACGCUGCACCUUGUCUUGAUGACCUUUGCCCCUGGUCCCCGUGGUCGUCCUGUUCGCGCAGCUGCGGCGCAGGCGUGAUCUCCAGACGCCGUCAGUGUGUGUGUGAGGAGACAGAAGAUCCCGCGUGUCUUCCAGACAUCCAGAGGGACGCAGAGGAGACGCAGCUGUGUUAUAAGAGACCCUGUCCAGCCUGUCCCGUGUCUGAAUGGAGUGCGUGGAGCGACUGCUCCUGUGUGUCUCAGUAUCACCAGCGCUUUCGUGCGCCGCUCAUCUCGGCCAGCGGUGGGCAACACUGCUCUGAUCUCGAGAGACAGAGCCGGCCCUGUAAACCUGACAACUGCACAGAUUGUGAGAAACCCUUCCUGUUCUCUGAAUGUGGAUCUCCGUGUGAGAAACACUGUGAUCUUUCGGGUCAAACGCACUCGUGUUCGUCCCAGAACUGCACACCCGGCUGCUUCUGUGCGGAGGGUCUCCUGCAGCAGAACGGAUCAUGUGUUCAUCCGGAUCAGUGUGGCUGUGUCCAUCUCCUCCAUCAGGGCUCAGACAGACCUGUGGCCGUCACUGUCCCGCAGGGGGCGCUGCUGACCGUGGGCUGCAGGACAUGUCUUUGUCAUGACGGCUCUCUGCAGUGUGAUUUACGAGAAUGUAAAGGUAUAACGCUUCUAUUUUUACCCGAAGAGUGUGAUGAAGAGCUGGAGGAAGAGCGAAUCUGCCCGCAGUCUGACAUCUGCACUGAUGUGUGUCACUGGAGCUCAUGGAGCGGCUGGAGUGUGUGUAGAGACCCCUGCAGCGGAGGAUACCGGCAGAGAGAGCGCCGACCUCUGACCUCUGACCCCGGACCACACUGCAGGAACCUACAGACGCAGUCUCAGAGCUGCAACACUGGCCUCUGUCCCGGCGAGCAUUGUGAGGACAGGGGGCGGGUCUAUGACGACUCCUGCGCCAAUCAGUGUCCCCGCAGCUGCGCUGACCUGUGGGAUCACGUCCAGUGUCUGCAGGGCACCUGUCAUCCAGGCUGCCGCUGUCCAGACGGCCGGCUGCUGCAGGACGGAGGGUGUGUGCGGGUGGACGAGUGUCGCUGUGGGCUUCCGCUGGAGAACGGGACGCUGGAGAUCCGACCCGGAGAGAACUUCACCCUCAGCUGCAACACCUGUGUGUGUGUAAAUGGCUCUCUGGUGUGUACGGAUCACGUGUGUCCGGUCUACGGUCCGUGGGGAUCGUGGAGUGAGUGUUCGGUGUCGUGUGGGACAGAGGGACAGAGGACACGCAGACGGUCCUGCAAACAGACGACCGGAGGACCGACCUGCGCCGACUCCUUCCAGAGUGAAAGCUGCUCACUGCUGCCCUGUCCAGAUUGUCCUGCUGGUCAGGUAUUCAGCUCUUGUGCAGGAUCUUGUCCGUACAGUUGUGAGGAUCUGUGGCCCCAAAAUCAGUGUGUGUCGCUGACCUGCAGUCCUGGGUGCAGCUGCCCGCCUGGAGCCGUGAUGCUGAACGGAAGCUGUGUUCCUCAAUCCCAGUGUCCUUGUUCUGUGGUCUCGCUCCCGCUGACGUCCCAAAACCUCACCCUGGACCUCCAGGAACAGGAAGUUCCUGCAGGAACCGUCAUUCCAGACUCCUGCAACUCAUGUGUCUGUGAAGGUGGGAUCUUUACCUGCACUAACGAGUCAUGUGACGCAUGUCCAGAGGGUGAGCGCUGGCUCUGGAGUGAGUCCGGAUCGGGCCGAGUGUGUGAGAGGGGGUGUUUGGACCUGUACAGCCCUGAACCGCUCAACUGCACGGGCCCCGUGGCCACAGAGGGCUGUGUGUGUGAGGAGGGCCGGUAUCGGAGCCUGGAGGGCCGGUGUGUGAUUCCAGCACUGUGUCAGUGUGAAGAGGAAGACGGGACGCUUCGAGAGCCGGGGUCCGAGUGGGUGGAUGGCUGUCAGUCCUGUCGCUGUAUCAAUGGCCAGAAACACUGUCAAUCAAACUGUCCUCCCCUUCACUGCUCUGAGGGUGAAGUGAAGGUGCUGGAAGCGGAGAGCUGCUGUCCCGUGUGCCGCAGAGAGUUUCCAGAGGAUCCGGUUGCCGAGUGCCGUCGUUACACUGAGGUCAGGAACAUCACCAAGGGCGACUGUCGCCUGGACAACGUGGAGGUCAGCUUCUGCAGAGGGCGCUGUCUGUCCCGGACCGAUGUCAUUCUGGAGGAGCCGUAUCUGCAGGCGUUCUGUGACUGCUGCAGCUACAGGCUGGACCCGCAGAACCCGGUGCGCUUCCUCAGCCUGCAGUGCGCUAGCGGAGACGUCGAGCCCGUCGUUCUGCCCGUCAUUCACAGCUGCGAGUGCACCAGCUGCCAGGGUGGGUAA